UUGCUUCUAGUAGAACCAGGUUUUCAAAGAAAUAAAAGUAGCGUAGCGCGAGAGCAUAUUCGAAGGUUAGGACGAAAUAUAAACAGAAGCUUACGCUGCUUCGUUUGAUUCACGCCAAACACUAAAUCUCAGUUCAAUUUUGUUGUUUCUCUGUUCGAUUAUUUUGUAUUUUUGUUGUUAAUCGACGAAGAUGCAUUCGAGUCACUUGCUUCUCGAGGAGCCGAUAAGGAUGGCUUCAAUCCUGGAGCCAUCAAAGGCUAGUUUUUUUCCAGCAAUGACGAAGAUUGUCGGGACUCUAGGUCCUAAGUCUCGAUCCGUUGAGGUUAUUUCUGCUUGCCUUAAGGCUGGAAUGUCCGUGGCUCGGUUUGAUUUUUCUUGGGGUGGCCCGGAGUAUCACCAGGAGACUCUGGAGAACUUGAAGGCGGCUGUCAAAGUUACCAAGAAGCUCUGUGCUGUGAUGCUGGACACAGUGGGCCCUGAGUUGCAGGUUGUUAACAAAAGUGAGACAGCCAUUUCUCUGCUGGCAGAUGGUCUUGUUGUUCUAACACCAGACCAAAAAAGAGAAGCCUCAUCAGAAGUUCUGCCCAUCAACUUUGAUGGGCUAUCCAAGGCAGUGAAGCCAGGGGACACCAUUUUUGUUGGUCAAUACCUAUUUACUGGAAGUGAGACUACAUCUGUGUGGCUGGAGGUUUCUGAGGUGAAGGGCAACGAUGUGGUUUGUGUGAUAAAGAACUCAGCAACUCUGGCAGGGUCAUUGUUCACUCUACAUGCAUCUCAAAUUCAUAUUGGCCUGCCUACUCUUUCUGAUAAAGAUAAGGAGGUUAUAAGUACCUGGGGAGUCCAAAACAAAAUUGACUUCCUUUCAUUGUCUUAUACCCGACAUGCAGAAGAUGUGCGGCAGGCCCGUGAGUACCUCUCCAAGCUGGGUGAUCUUUAUCAGACUCAAAUUUUUGCGAAGAUUGAAAAUGCUGAGGGAUUAACCCAUUUUGAUGAGAUAUUACAAGAAGCGGAUGGCAUUAUCCUUUCCCGCGGGAAUUUGGGGAUAGACCUCCCUCCUGAGAAGGUGUUCUUGUUCCAGAAAGCAGCUCUUUACAAGUGUAAUAUGGCUGGUAAGCCUGCAGUGGUUACUCGUGUUGUGGACAGUAUGACUGACAACCUGAGACCCACUCGUGCAGAAGCUACUGAUGUUGCCAAUGCCGUGCUGGAUGGAAGUGAUGCAAUUCUUCUUGGUGCUGAGACUCUGCGUGGAUUGUACCCUGUUGAAACCAUUUCUACUGUUGGUAGGAUUUGUGCUGAGGCAGAGAAGGUUUUUAAUCAAGACCUGUAUUUCAAGAAAACUGUCAAAUAUGUUGGAGAGCCAAUGACCCACUUGGAAUCUAUUGCUUCCUCGGCGGUACGAGCAGCUAUCAAGGUUAAGGCUUCUGUCAUUAUCUGCUUCACUUCAUCAGGAAGGGCUGCAAGGUUGAUUGCCAAGUAUAGGCCAACAAUGCCUGUUCUGUCCGUUGUCAUCCCCCGGCUGAAGACAAAUCAACUGAGAUGGAACUUCAGUGGGGCCUUUGAAGCAAGGCAAUCACUUAUUGUCAGAGGUCUCUUCCCUAUGCUUGCUGAUCCACGACAUCCUGCGGAAUCAACGAGCGCAACAAAUGAGUCAGUAUUAAAGGUAGCUCUUGAUCAUGGAAAGGCAUCUGGAGUUAUAAAGUCGCAUGACAGAGUAGUAGUUUGCCAAAAAGUUGGAGAUGCAUCUGUGGUUAAAAUCAUUGAGCUCGAAGAUUAAAAUCAUUUGUUUAUCUAAGUCAUUUUUUUCAUGUUUUUUUAUGCUUUUACAUCAAGUGGUGGACUCUCUACUGCUGGGAAUUGCGAGGUAUCUCCAAGUUUUGAGUACUAACUUAUGUUUGGGAAUGUAUUAAGGAUGAUGCUACUGGCAAUCAAUUUUGUCUUACAAUGAAUAGCGUGGAAACUGGAAAGUACACCCUUAUUCCUAUUUUCAGUGAAGUUUUUGAGUUGAUUAGCAUCGA